UGUUGAAAAGGUCUAUGAACAAGUCAUAAUCAAAAGAAAAGAGUCAGAAAAAAUAUCCGUUUUGCUGUAAACAAUUUGUGGUACCGAUCUGAAAUAUUUCUCUUAAAUCAGUCACUGUUUAUUUCGUUCUAAUUCAAAGUUCAGAUAUCAUAAAUAAUUAUUAUGCCGCAAAUCAAGUUGCAAUCAUCUGACGGGGAGACUUUCAACGUUGAUGUUGAAAUUGCAAAAUGUUCCGUUACAAUAAAAACUAUGUUAGAAGAUUUAGGUAUGGAUGAUGAAGAGGAAGAAAUUGUUCCCCUUCCGAACGUGAAUUCUGCUAUAUUGAAAAAAGUCAUUCAAUGGGCUACUUACCACAAAGACGACCCACCACCACCGGAAGAUGAUGAAAACAAGGAAAAAAGAACUGAUGAUAUUUCAUCUUGGGAUGCUGAUUUUUUGAAGGUUGAUCAGGGUACCCUGUUCGAACUUAUACUGGCAGCCAAUUAUCUUGAUAUCAAAGGUUUGUUGGACGUUACAUGUAAAACAGUUGCGAAUAUGAUCAAGGGAAAGGCACCAGAGGAGAUAAGGAAAACGUUCAACAUCAAGAAUGACUUUACAGCUUCUGAGGAAGAACAAGUACGCAAAGAAAACGAGUGGUGCGAAGAGAAGUAAUUUUGUAAUUUGUUCUUCUUAUAUAAUCAACGUCUGCAAUUAAUUUUUUUUGUUCAGAUUCCACUGUUAUUUGCAUCUAUUUGUUUGACAAAUUUUGAGUAUCUUGAAUUUUAAAAUUAGUGUAUGUUUCUCAAUUGAAUUAUUGUAUUUGUUCCAUUUUCUCUACAGAAUCCACAUCCUAUGUGGUAUAUUACUUUUAUUUUGUUCCUACAUUUCACAAGAAAAUACAAGAAUUAAUUGAUAA